AUGGAGGAGAAGAGUGAUCAUGUGGACAAGUCAGAUGAAGUGAUGUUGCCGGGGUUUAGGUUUCAUCCUACAGAUGAAGAGUUGGUGGGGUUUUAUUUGAAGAGAAAGGUUCAGCAAAAGCCUCUUUCUAUUGAGCUUAUCAGGCAACUGGACAUCUACAAGUAUGAUCCAUGGGAUCUUCCAAAGCUUGCAACGACCGGAGAGAAGGAAUGGUACUUCUACUGCCCGAGGGACCGCAAAUACCGCAACAGCGCGAGACCGAACCGAGUGACGGGUGCCGGCUUUUGGAAAGCCACAGGAACAGACAGGCCAAUCUACUCUUCUGAAGGAACCAAGUGCAUAGGCCUAAAGAAGUCUCUUGUCUUCUACAAAGGCCGGGCGGCGAAAGGCAUCAAAACUGAUUGGAUGAUGCACGAGUUUCGGUUGCCUUCGCUUGCCGAUUCGUCGCUUCCCAAACGGCCUCUCGACAAAAAUAUUCCCGCUAAUGACUCAUGGGCUAUCUGUAGAAUUUUCAAGAAAACCAAUUCCAUGGCACAAAGAGCACUAUCUCACUCAUGGGUCUCUUCAUUUCCGGCGACGAAUGAACCGGAGAUGUUCUUCAAUCCGCAGGUCUCGCUAGGAAGCCAGUUUGGUUCUGAGAACUUCUCAUGCAUUACAGAAACUGCUUCUUCAGUUCAGUUCAGCUGCAGCAAAAGCUCUCAUGAGCAGGAUCAGCUUCUGCCCACCACUUUAACCCAACCAUCAUUUGAUGCUUCUUCCUACAGGCCAAUGAUCAACAUUCUCGAAAGCAAACCAUGUUUCAAUCCACAACCAAGUGUAGAAAUGCCCACAAGCUUCACCUUCUCGCCCUUCGAAAUGCCGAUCCAACCGAAGUCCACCAUGGAUGUGGCCUCUUUGCUGCUUAAUAUAACCCCCACUAUACUUACCGAUGUUGAGAAAGCCUCUGCAAAUAGCAUCGAUUUUAGUCAGCCUCAGGAAUGCAAUGUGUACACAACCAGUUUACCGGUUGAGGUUAAUGGAGAUACAUGCACCAUCAACAACAGUCACUGGGGAACGACGCGAACAAUCAACUUUCCUUUCAAUUUGCCAACAAAUCUUCCCGACGAAUGGAAAACUAACUUAACAUGGGAUUCGCCUCCGUGCCUUAGCGACGUGUCGACUAACUAUUCCACGAAGAAAUGUUACACUUAAGGUAGAGGUAGCAUAUAGCAGGUUUAAACCUUCAUCUGUUAGCAUUACUGUUAGCAUGAAGAGAGUGA